CAAGUGUUUAGCGUUUGUUUAUUUUGUUAUAACCGUUAUAUAAGACACUCUAAGCCCGCCACGUCUUCGCCUGUAGAAUAUACCUACGUCCUACAUAGCCUAAAACACGCGCAUAUAAUGUACCCUUUUAACAGUGAGAGAAUUUCAUGAUCCGUUCAGUUGCUCUUAAUAAUUCCGUAUAGUUUCCGUCACUUAAAAAUGAGAGCCCUUUAUUUCGCGUCGAACCCCUCAGAAGAGCCGCCUAUCCCGUUCAUAGCGUUCCUCACGUCCCCGGGGGGCGGCGUCGUGUGCAGUGCCGCCAUCGUGCAUGAGAGCUUCGUGCUGACCGCAGCUACCUGCUUCGUUGGUAAUACAGGCGAAAUGAUCUCUUUCCAGCACAAGAUCCUAGUGGAUAACAGCUACCGCGCGAUCAGCCAACUCCUGCCUCACCCGUCAUACCGCCUCCUGACUAACUACUACGACGCUGGUCUUAUCAGACUGAAAGACAAGAUAAUAUUCAGUCCGGCAGUGGGCAGAGUGGAGCUGGCCAGGACUGAGAUGAUGGAGGUCGGAGAUGAGAUGAAGACCGCUUGUUGGAUGAUGGAUAACGAAAGGAGCUGGCUCCAGGCCGCGCCGGCGUACAUCGUGAUGAAGUCCCUGUGCGGGAGCACCCCGCUUGUAGGCUUGUUCACAGCACCCGUCGUUGUUUGCGCCAGCGCCCGUGACGAAUGUUUUGUGGACAUUGGAAGCCCGCUGUACGAGAGUAAUCUGUUGUACGGCAUAGCGACGAGACGCAGGAACAACAAAAGUUUGUUCACUAAGGUCAAUAACAUUCGAGGCUGGAUUGUCAAUGUUCUGUAUCAGGGUCACAUGAAGGAUUACUUUGAGGACAAGUUUUCUUAGGAACGAGGAGGAUUUUAGGACGAUUUAUAUGGUUUUAUGCUAGGCCGGGAUUCGAUCUCCGGUCAGGUCAAGAUGGAGGAUUGACUUUUUAGAUUGCUGUCAGUCAAGUUUAAUAACGUAUGUCAAAAAAUUCGUUUGCACGUUACAAACAAUUUCAAUUUUAAUUUCAUCUACAUACCUAUACAGAUUAAAGACUGUCUUUCCGUUCGAGGUCAAACAUGAAUACCUUCAUAGAAAUUCGGGAAAAAAGACAUCGAAGGCCCGGAGAGAUGAUAAUUUUAUAUAAUUUGAUUCAUGAAAAAAAAGCAUUUUUGUGGGCAACAGCAGAUAUAAGAAUAAUAAUUUUACUUAAAAUAUGUGUUAAUACAUGGCCGUAGAAAGCAGUUAAUGUGAAUAGCAGCAAUUUUGACACAAUGUGAACUCCUUGUUAAAAUAUUUUUAUAUUUUUUUAUAGGCGGUUUUAAUAGCGACAGUUAAUUAUAAUGACGUAAAGGUGCAGAAAAUAAAUCAUCAAAUUA